GGCAACAAAAGUUCAGUCUACAGAGUUGAUACGUCCAUGGCCAUGGAACAAAAACAGAGCUGUCCGGACACCAAAUUUGCUCCAGACCCUGGAGGGACAGGAACAACACAAGCUGCCCCACCUGACCAAAGCCCAGAGGAAAUUAUCUGCAGGCAACUGAGUGAGCAGGGCCGUUUUGCUUAUGCUGCGCUGUGUGCUGUCUCUCUGGGCCAGUUGUUUGGUGGACCUGAAAAUAGUGUGUUCAGGGAGAAGUAUCUACAGGGCUUGGUCUGCUGGCUGGAUCUGGAUGAGUCGGUGAUGCCGGUUAUGGGGGCUUUCCUGUCAGGUCUUGGCUUUGAGGGCUCAGACACCUUCCUCUCCACCCUACAGGCCGAACCACUGCUGGCUGCCGGGGCUACCCCCAUCAUACAGGAUCUGGUGUCUUUUUCUGUCAAAGAUGGCCAGUAUGAUGCCAGAGCAAGGGUUCUCAUCCGUCAUGUCAGCUGUCUGCUGCGAGUCCUUCCACAGCAGUUGGAGGAGUUUGAGGAAACACUGGGAGAGAGGCUGAGGGAAGGAGGAGUGGAGAGCGAAGAGGAGUCUUCCCGGCGGCUGAGGAGAGAAAGAGGGCGAAAAUUACGACGCUACCUCCUGAUUGGACUAGCCACCGUGGGUGGAGGAACUGUGAUCGGUGUGACAGGUGGGCUUGCAGCACCCUUGGUGGCAGCAGGGGCCAGUGCUGUGCUGGGGGCUGGAGGGGCUGCUGCUCUGGGCUCAGCCACCGGCAUUGCAAUUAUGGCCUCCCUGUUUGGAGCAGCAGGAGCUGGAUUGACUGGUAAGAGCAUUUGA